GCGGGCGGGCCUCUCGGUGCGCCGCCCCGGCUGCUGCGUCAGAGCGCUGCGCGCAAGCGGAGGCCGCCGUCUCCACGCCGCAGCUUGAGAAAGACUACACAGAAAGGGGUGAGGAGGUAUCAACAAAUAAAACGCCUGCCUAAACCGAGUUCUGCAAAACACAGCAAAUGAGUUGGUGAAGGCUGUUCAACCUCAUCACUCAAGGGAAACCGUCCUCCAACAGCUAUAGGUGAAAGUGCAUCUGAUUCCGGGAUUAUUUUAAGCAAGGUAAACCUGUCCUGGUUCUUGUGUGGAGAGCAUAAUGUCGGAGAGUGAUCUUGCUGGAGAAGAGUACCCAGCAGAGAUCCAUGAUUACCUUUCAGCCUUCGAUAAGUCUCUUGGUUUUGUGGAUGAGAUGUUGAAGACUAUGAUGUCUGUGUCGAGAAGUGAGCUUCUCCAGAAGCUGGAUCCUCUUGAACAAGCAAAAUUAGAUUUGGUCUCUGCUUACACAUUGAAUUCGAUGUUUUGGGUAUAUCUCGCCACACAAGGAAUUAAUCCAAAGGAGCACCCAGUGAAACAGGAGCUGGAGAGAAUAAGAACGUAUAUGAACAGAGUCAAAGAGAUAACAGACAAGAAAAAAGCUGCCAGACUGGAUAAAGGAGCCGCUUCGAGGUUUCUGCGGAGUGCCCUCUAUGAACCCAAACCUCAGAACAAGUCUGCAAAGAGAACUCCCGUUCCAGCCAAAAAGAAGAAAACACACUAGGAUUUCCCUGUUUUCAUUGGUAUAGGCGGAAUGAAUAUUUUAAUUGAAUUUUUCAUGUUUCAUAUGCAGUAAAGAUACAUUUUGGUGAAAUAAAUUUAUAACAAAAAACCAUUUGAGAUUUGU